AUGCACAAAACUCUCCUGCUGGUUUUCAUUCACGGUUUCAAGGGAGGUGAUGACACCUUUGCCACUUUCCCGGAGAAGCUGCGAACGGUAGUGGGCAAGGCUCUUCCGGCAGUCAAAGUUGUGACGGCCGUCUAUCCCAAGUAUGAAACCAAGGGCGAUUUAAAAGAAUGUGUAGCGCGAUUUCGAGAUUGGCUGCAAAACACAGUCAUCGAUCUUGAAGUCGCAAAUCAGACUGCAUCGCCAACUGUCGAUCCCUCUGUCCACGUGUUUCUGCUUGGGCACUCUAUGGGAGGUAUUGUGGCUGCCGAAACUCUUCUGCUGGUUGCAAGUGAACAGCCCAUUCCGUCUGGAACAUCGAGUUCAUUGCCCACGGGGGAGACGGAGGCAGAAUCGCCGAUCCUAGAGCCAGGCACUUUCAUGUUUCCCCAUGUCCAAGGUGUCUUGGCCUUUGAUACUCCGUUCCUCGGGAUUGCUCCUGGAGUUGUAUCAUACGGGGCGGAAGGUCACUAUCGCAAUGCCACGACAGCCUACAAUACUUUCUCGGAGGUUGCAGGACUCUUCGGCUAUGGAAAGAAUGCGUCGGGCAGCGCAAAUUCCACGUCCCAGCAAGAGGCACCCAAGCCUCUGCCUCCGAGUGCCGAUGCAGCAGCAGCCCCGUCGUGGCAGCGCUGGGGCAGAUACGCCAUGUUUGCUGGAGCAGCCGGCGCAGUGGCAGCCGGUGGUGCCGCUGCUCUCUAUUCUCAGAGACAAAAUUUGACCGCAGGCUUCACCUGGGUGUCCUCUCAUCUCGAAUUUGUCGGUUGUCUGGCGCGGCCAUCGGAGCUAAAGCGGCGUCUCGAAGGACUGGUGCGUGUCCAAGAAGAUCGUGGAAUCCGAUCUGUCAAUUUUUUCACCUGCCUCGGAAAAGGUGCCGGGAAUCUGGUGGCGGAGACGCAAACGGGUAAGACUUCAUUCAGCCAGAAAAUUAUCCGAUCAAAGAACAGGACCUUUUGUUUGCUCCCCGAGGAGGUUGAGCAUGGCGAAGGCUCAACUCCAGAUGGCCUGAAGUGGACAAAAGCGGUGAACGACCAGGCAAGUGAUGAAGUUCAGGCACAUGUGAGCAUGUUCCUUCCCAAGGACAAUCCGGCUUUCUUGGAUCUCCUCCGCGAAGCCAGCAUGAACUUAGUCUCGUCGAUCGACAGAGGCUGGUACGAUUCCUCCAGUGGACCGGCCGAUGUAGAAGAUCCUCCUCAGCCAGCCGGUCCCGUGGAUGACUUUGUUGCGGAUGACGAUGUUGUAGUUGUGAAGGGACAACGCUGA